CAUGGCCGCGCCCGCUCUAGUGUUGCUGUUUCGCUAUCGGUCUCGGUGAUAGACUUCUUUUCAGGCGUUCAGGAUGCUUUCUUUCCGUCUCUUCCUUUCACAGUGGAAUUGUCGCGUAGAGGUUGACCGACAGAGUGCAUCUUGAAGCUUUUAAUUUAGACUGUCGGGCCAAUUAUAGUCGUAAAAAACGGAGGUCGGGUAAGGUCAACAACUUUGUUUACGUACUGCCGAUGGACCGCCUUAUCGGGAUUCGUCGCUGCUACGAAAGAUCCCCGAAGGAUUAUUCCAGGUAACACCUCUGAUGUCCAAGCUACGGCAGGCUGUCACGUUGCAGCUUCACCGCCAUUCAAGCUUGUGAAGCAUGGCUGUCCGGUCGCUGGCCGCAGAGCAGCUGCAGCUCUUUCUCCUCCUCCUGUCGUCAUGUGCACUUGCCAGCGCCUUCGGCACAGCAGACGAGCUCGACAAAGCAUACCCAUGUGGCUGCUUUGGCAAGAUGACAGCCGACGGCGAACACCUCUGGACGUGCACGGGGGACGGGGACCUCACACAGCUGCACGUGUGCUUUGUCCGAGCACCGGAGGUGGCGCCCCACGGCCUGACACUGCGAAAUAUCAGCAUGACCAUCCUCACGGUGGGCUCAGUCCGAUUUGUGGCCAAGCUGGAGUCCCUGUUGGUGCACGAGUGCCGCUUCAAGGACCUGAACCUGGAGGGUGCCAGCAACCUCACCUUGCUAAAUUUGGCAUUCAACCAGUUGCAGGCUGUUGACAAGGCGUGGUUUACACCCCUCGCCAAUCUGAAACUGCUGAACCUCUCGCACAACUUACUGACUACACUGCCGGCUGACUUGACCCACGACCUGAAGGUGCUGGACACAGUGGACCUAUCGCACAACCAUUUUCUGAAGCUCAGCGUGUCCUGGUUUAGCAUGGCGUCGCCCUUGCUGCAUCUGAAUGUGUCGAACAACAAGCUAGAACGUGUGGCCGCUUCGGACGAUGAAGCGGCGGCGCUCUUUGGCGAACAUCUGAUGGCACUGCGCUCGCUGGACCUCUCAAGGAACCAGUUGCAUUCGGUGCCAGGGUUGGAGCUUCUGAAGAAACUGAAGACGCUGUGGCUCAACCAGAACCUUCUCAGCACCCUACCGCCGCAUGCCUUUUCUAACAACACGGCGCUGGAGCACUUCUACCUAUCUGGAAAUUCGUGGCACUGCGAUGAUGACUUUGCUAAGCGCCGAAACAUGUUGCUGCAAUCACUUACCGCACGAGCGGCCAAUCACGGACCAGUCGUCGAGCUCCACGAUGUCAGCGCCACCGAGUGUGCCUCACCACUGCAAUGGAAGGGCCGCAACCCGUUCCUCUUCGGCUUUGCCCUCUGCGAACAGUGCUCGUGCAAAAUUGCCGAGGCGCUUACUGUGGACGUGAACUGCACAGGGCGAGGUCUGGAGGAGUUGCCCCUGAAUCUGCCCUUGCGAGCACGCAUGCUGCGGCUGGCCAACAACCGCAUCAAGUCGCUCAUGCUGACCUCGAAAGGGGAAGGCUGGGACAGCCUGCUGAUGCUUGAUGUUCAUGGCAACGAGAUUUCAUCCAUUGAUCAAGUAGUGGGCACCCGCUCCCUGCGGUCACUGAUGGCGCUUCACCUGACCAACAACCGGCUGAGUCGACUGGCCUCGCACGUGCUUCAACACCUGAGUGGCCACAAGAUGGACGACCUGCGUCUGAGCGGCAAUCCCUGGCUCUGUACCUGCGAAACCGUCAACUUCGCCACCUGGCUGCAGGACAACAAGAAGGUGAAGGAUGUGGAGGAGAUCCGCUGCUCAGAUGGCAGUCCGGGGGCAUUGACAGGCAGGACCAUCUACUCACUGCCCAAGUCGGACUUGUGCCCCCAGCCCACGGACUGGACGCAGGGCCUGUUGGAUGCACUCAGCGUCCUCAUGGCCAUUGCCAUCAUCGCCAUCCUUGCAAAGCUGGGACGUGACUACUGGCGCCAGAAGCGCACAGGCAAGCUGCCCACCUUCUUCAGCUUUGUGUGAGCUAGGCCUAAAAGCUGCAUUGAGUUGCCACCGAAUAAGAUGCAACAAGAAAUGUUGAAAAUCCUGAUGGAAGACUGAGUGCAUUGCUUCCGGUGGGAAGGACCACUGAAGCGAGGAAAGGCUGCCUGUGUUUUCAUGCCGUGUCGCCUUUCUGGCAUGAAUCUUCACGGCACGUAGCCUUCAUUCAAAGGUCUUCAUGACAUGACACUUUGUGGAAGUCUUCGGGGUAUGUAAAAUCUUCACAGAAUGAGAGAUGUGGAACUGGACACUGUUGGCAACAGUCAUCUUUUAGAAUAGUUUAAGUUCAAUUCAUUUGUAAUCACAAGCUUUGUGCAGUGAUUCACUUCCCGAGUGCAUGGGGUGUCAGAAAGCAUCUUGGCUUUUUGAUGGAAACUGUGCCUGGAAGUUUCAGAGAUUCAACUGGGAGGAACAACAGGCACUCCACUUAAUGUUAGCUUAUAGCCAGAAAGCAGUCCUAAGGACAGUGCUUGGCAAACGUCUACAGUGCCAGACACACUAGCAGCAUUAGCUGCAUUACACUUCAGAACAUCCAGAACAUCAGUGUAUGAUUUCAGUGUAUGUGCAACAACAUGGAUUGCGUUUGUGGCGAGGGACAUAGAUUCUGCCAUCUGUUGCGAUUGCAUUGUGGGGACACAAUUCAGCUGAUGCUCCACUUCUGGACAGCAUCUGGCAGUGUCACAACAGAGCAGCGACUGAUUUGUUAUGUGCAGUGAUGUCGCACUGUCUUAUACAUAUUCUUUCUGCUCACACGUGGUAAUGGCACAUUGAAAAACUCCCGUGGAAUCUUGCCAAAGUGUGCUUCAUUCUUUCUCGAUCACCAGAUGGCCGAGUGUUCUUGUGCACACAUUUUUAUGCCAUUGUGUCAGCAGUCAUGACAUUCUUUUGCAAGCUUUGUCAAGAGAUGUGGAUCCUUGUAAGGCACCUAAGGAGGGAUGUUUGUUUACAUGUGCAUGAAGCUGUGUUGUGGUUUAUCUUGCAGUAGUGUGGCCAGCAUUGAACAUUCAUUGAGAUGACAUACUUAACCUCUACCUGCAUGAUAGCUUCAGUGCUAUUCAUGCCUGCAUCUGAUUUUUGAAGGCAGAUUCUUUCACGCUAUUCAUAUGGUGCAGUGCAUGUACAACUGUUUGAGCUCAUGGCAUUACUGUGCAUAAUUUUCACAGGUCAUAGUGCCACCACACUUAUGACCAUCAUCACGUAAUCAUGAUGUUGGUAAGGUGAAGGGACAGACAAGCGCUUGGAACAUGAAGCGAGAUAUCCCUGCUGAUGGGAAGAUUGUUUGUCAUAGAAGCUAGAACGAGCUAUGUUUUCCCUAAUAAAUGUAUAUUUAUAUUUUUAAUUCUUCUCUAAAAGUUGCAAAAAAUGACCUUUGACACCCUACGUGGCAGCAACGUGAAAUGUAUAAGAGGCCUGUCAUGUGAUGUUCUAUGUAUUAGUGUAUGCUGUUCCUGGUCUUUUCAUUAGUAUUGGAAUGCAGUACACUUUUUUCUGUUUUAAGUUUUUUUCUCCUUUACAAUGUGCAGAUAGGCCUUCGUUUGUAGUAACUAGAAAAGUGGCGCUUCCUUCACCUUCAUUUUCAAUGAGUUGGCUUGGCUCAUCUAUUGGCAGAACGACGACGGGGUCCACCCAGCCAAGACAUAGGCAGUUAUGUGGGGAAAAACACGUUACAAGUAGAAGAAAGGUCUGUACAACAAUGUGAACUUGUUGUAGCAACUUAUUUUCAAAAGUGGUUGAAAAGGUUAAAAUUUAGGUGGCUAACCAUAGUUACGCUCACUCAUGUGAAAGCAGAAUGAUGGGCAGCUUUCACAAUUUAUGAGGCGGGCUAUCAACAUCACUCUCACUUCUCAGUGUUGCUGGAGGAGGGACUCUUGCUUUUUUAGAGGCAGCCCAGAUCGAAAAAUUCUGCUUACAAAACAUCCGUGUGCUUUUGGAAGUAACUGCUUCAGGUGUAAACACUACCGGGGGUGAGCUUUGCAUUGCGCCAUAAAAACUAGGUCCUUAAAAAUUGCUUGUCAGCCCCUUUAAAGCCUUAAGAUAAGAAUGUGCACCAAACAGUUUGAGCGCAAGAUUUUUCUUUCAGAUAAAUGAUGCUCCAGUCAGCUUCACCACCGAGAUGCUAAAGCCACCAAGUGUUAAAAAAUUGCAGUGCCUCACAAGGUAGCUGCUGCAGAGAGAUAGUCAUUGAAACCAAAAUCAAGCACAAGUUAAAAGAAAUUCAUCAGAGUUGAGCCAGCAAACUGCAUGGAUCAAAGCAGAAGAUUUGAAAGAAAAGAAAGGAAGACCUGUGAUCUUUAUUGAGCAGAUUAUUCAUGCAAUGCUUUCUUCUACUUGUAGGUACUCUGUGGAAUACAGGAACUUGUACUUUGGAUAAUAAUGAGUUAGCUGUUGGUAGUGUCCCAGCUUCUCAUACUAUGUUUAAUAAUAUUGCUGUCACUCUUAAUACUAAGCAUUAGAGUGUCAUAGUACAGUAGAACCUCGUUAAUUCGAAGUCCCCAGACCACAAAAACUCUUCCAAUGAACCGGGUUUUUGAAUGAUCAAAAACAUGCAAAGCAAAGCAUGCAUGCAAAGAAAGCAAAGUAAGCGCACGAUAUGCCACCACAUCAACACUGCAACUUUAUUUUGCCUUCGAAAUGUUCACUUCAAGUAUUCAUCGAUGCGUGACUGCUUGGCAUUGUAACUCAGAGAUCUGUAGUCUUCUAUUUGGCUAACAAUGCACAGUUUUUCACUGUUGCUACCACUGCACCCGACAAAACGGUGCACAAUGUUCAUCGAGCCGACCACUGUAAAGGCAUAUUGAUAUAUUGGCAUAUAUUUUUCGGCGCCUUAACCCAGGGUAUCGCCAUUUCUGGAUGCCGCCGUAACAACACCUAUGUUGAGCAUCUGGGGCAAUUCCCCUUGAAAGAGCAUGCCGCUGCCUUUCAGUCACCCUAUGCGUUGCACCGCAGACUCCUCGUCGCCAUCUUAACUGCUUCAAUAUUACUUGACGUAUAGCUGCUAUGCUACUCAAGUCACUCUUUCAACUCAUGUAUUUUUUUUUUUGUCUUUUGUGUUACUCGUGCACUGACCGCCUGACCGGCUCUUCUAAUGCCACAAAAAUAUGCCGCCACCGACACCCCUGAAUGCUUCCUAACCUCUCGCCUCCCCAACGCCCUCCCAUGCCCCCAUCUUUCUUUUUUUUUUCUUUCUUGUUCUUUCCCUCCUUUUUUUUUGUCUUGGUGUCGUCCUGGCUUUUUUUUUCUCUGCUUUUCUUUCUUUUCUUUUCUCCCCGCGUUCCCACUCUUGUCCCCUCGUCUUGGGAAUGAAGCUCACAGACGUUGGACGACAGCGCUCAUUACCUCUGAAGUCUCUCCCUUUAAAACCAGCCGCCAGCGACAACACCCGCACGUGACGUCACUGCACUAACCCUUUAAAACUAACACGCCGAGGAUGACGAGGCCGCCUUUGAUGAAGAUAGGUCCUCCUAUCGAAAUGUUGGCCAGCCUUUCUGAGGCACCUUAUCCCUGUUUCCAAACUUUAUACCACACUGUGCUAUUCCAUCUAUCAGCCCCUUUCUUGAUUUUGGUCAACAUAGUACUUGCAAUACUUACAAAAUGUAGCCCAGGUAUAGAAAAAUGUAGCAUUAAUAAUUUUGUAAGGUGGAAAAAAAUUUUUUUUCUCUGCUAGCUGAAAAAAAAUUCUAACUCUUGCAAAAAAUUAUUAGAUUUAAACACACUGUGUGAUAAUUUGUUCCACUCUUUCACGGUCCUGUAUAUCACUCUCCCGGUGUCUUGUACUAAGCUGUAUAAUGCGCUUGUACAUAUUGCUGCCAUUGUUUUUAGUACUAAGUCUUAUUGCACUAGUAUAGCUGUCACUGUUUCUGGUACUGAGCAUUACAAUGUGCUCAUAGUAGAACCUUGUUGAUGUGUUCCGGUUUCGUAUGUUUUCCCAGUGCCAACUGCGAUCGUAUGAUACAUUUUGUGGCUGCUAGAUCCCAUGCAAACAAGAACAUGCAUGAGGCACGCGCGAUUGAGAACAGUACAUAGCUGCCCGCCACAGCGGCUUCAUCACAAUACUAGCCCGGCCGUCUCACGUGAAAACACCGGCACACAGUCGGUUUCUCAUUUUAGUGUCAGCAGAUCUCCGGGGUCGUCGCACGUGGCAUUCACUGCUAUCACCGCCAAUCCUACUGCGAUAAGCAUCUUCGCCUAUCUGUUUAACAGCACGUGGUGACGUUGGAAGCCUAGCGCACGCUUUUAGUAGGUGAGGUAUGUAGCUUUUAGCCUAAAAUGGCCAUCCAGUAUGUAAACUAGAGAGGUAAAUUGAUUUAAUUUGAUUUGAUUGAUAACCGAAAUGCGCCACAGUUCUUUGCUGCAGGCUGUGAUCGUAUACAUUUUCUGGCCGCUAGAUCCCAUGUGAACACGAAAAGGCGCGAGACGUGCACGAUCGAGAGCAGUGUAUAGCUGCCAGCUUCACAUGAGAACGACAGCGCGCAUAGUUUCUUUUUCCGGUACCUGCAAAUAUCCGCCUGGGUCGUCGCACGAUACAUUCACAGCUAUCGCUGCUAAACCUCUUGCGAUAAGCAUCUUUACAUAUCCAUUUCACAGCGCGUGCUGCGUAGUGCCAUUGGUAGUGUACUGUGCGAUUUUGUGCUGAAGUGUGCCGCCGUUCCCUGGUGGGCAUCACGUUUGGCUUCAGCGGCAUCAGGUGUCGCCUACCAGCUCGAUUCGUUUCUGUUUCUCGUCACCCCACCACGCAAUAAAAAAACAAUAUGCGUCUGGGGCCGCCGGAGCACCACCAGCUUGACACACGUCGUCGUCUCGUGCUGCAACGAUCUGCGUGACGCCUUGCAUUUCGUAGAUGUCAACAAUAGUUGAGUUUUUUUAAUUCUUUUAGUUACUUCAGAUCAUACGUUUUCCUGGUUAGUACGUUUUUUCUCGCGUUUGCUUCCGAAACGUAUAAACGAGGUUCUACUGUAUAUCACUGUUGCAGUUUUCAGGGCAAAACAUAAUGCCUUAGUAGAUCUGCCACUAUGGUGCUGAGCUUUAAAAUGCGUUUGCAUCGCCUUCACUGCUCCCGAUACGAAAUGUUACAAAAAUGCUAGUACUAUUGGGUUCACUGUUUAUAGUACGAAGCAUUGCAAUGCGCUAAAUGAUAUUCCUGUCACUGUUCCUGUUUCUGACACUAAGCAUUAUAAUGUGCUGGUAUCGCUGUGAUUGUCAGAGUCACAAGUUCGCAGUUUCGGCACUUCAUAGGCUGGUUGCAUAACAUCAAAUCAGUGCAUACCUGUCGGAAAAGUAGCGACCCAAGGGUUAGAGAGCAUCACAUGACAAUCAGCUUUGCAGCUUGCAGUGAGUGAAUAGAUAAGAUAGGAUGUGCUACUGUCUAGUGGCAGAAGGGCAGUGGGGGCUGUGGCUGGGUGAGCUAAUCAAGUGAGAUAUCUGUGAGUGCUGCUGUAGAUGAAUGCGACCACACACCACCCAGGGCUUAGUGCACUGGAGGAAGGCUUUUGGCUCGUCAGGUUUUCACAGUUCUGCCAAGGUGUCGUCAGUGUUUUCACGCUUGUUCGUGGCCAAGUGAUACAUGGUCGUUCCAUAAUACCUGUGCAGUGGUUAUGUAGCUGUUUAGAUAAUCUGAUGUGAUUGAUAUAUACAGUGUUUGUACGUUUAGAAUUUUACGCUUUCUUUAAUGUGCUGGCUUACGUGUGUGGGCUCUACAAAUCUAAUGGUGUCACGUUGGAUCCGAAAACCAGUACGAGUUUUUCCUUGGCAGCAGAGCUUUCUUUCUGAGGAACCAAUAUACAGAUUGUACCUUGAUGCUACUUUUUGGUAUAAGCCAAUUUUUUUUCUUUUACAAAAGCUUUGUUGUUUCCUUUUCGGUAGUUUCUGUCCACAAUAUUUAUCUAGUCCCUAAAGAUGGUAAUGAAAGUUUGUUUUGCAAAGCUUUAUUGUUUUCCUUGUUUCUUUUCUGCAAGAGAGAUUGGAUGCUCAAUGUUGCACAUAAGGCUGGCAUGGACCAGGAAGUCCUUACUUAAAUCACAUUGUUUGAUCUUCACAGGCAUUCAUCAAAGCAUCACAACACUUGGAAAGUAUAAAUUGUUUGUUUUGUAUGUAUGAAUUUUUUUUAAAUUGAGAAAGAUUGUUCUUAAGAGUAGUGAGCGUGUGCUAAAUGUCAGCAGACAAUCUGCCUGCUUUUCUCCCAUUGGCCAUGUAAUGCUGUCACUCUAGCAGAGGUAUCAAGCUGCUUAGUUUUACUCCGUGUCCAGUGUGUGUAAGCCAACUAUGAUAUAUUAAGUGCACAUUUGUUGCACGAAAGUGUUCGCUGUCCUCGUGACAAUUACCCUAUUAAUCUUGUCUACACGUCGCAUACCCCUAUAAUUACAGGAGCAUUGUAAAGUUCAUCUUACCAUCCGAUAAUGUUUUUCUUUUUCUUUUAAAUCUGCAUACAGAGGCGCUCAGUAUGGUAGUGAUCCUUUGUGAAGAAGUUUUUGAAGAGUCGCAUUUAAUUCUUGACUUGAGCUUCAUUCCAUUGGCUGGUUGUUUUUGUAUAAUUUAUUCUAUUGUUUUGCACACAGCUCACUCCUUGCAGUAGCAAUGCAUUAUGUUGGAUUGAUACCACAAGCUGCACUUCUGGUUGUCUUUAACUGUAAUGAAAAAAAUAUGUUUUUGCCACUUAGCAUUAGUAUUCAGCAAUCCCAUGUGUUGAUAUGCAGUUGCACAAGACUUUAAAUAGGAUAUAAUUUUAUUUUUAUUUAUUUGUAAAAUAUCUUACAAGGCCCUUACAUGGGGCGUUGAGUAAGGAGGGCAUAGAAUCAAGUAAGCACAUACAAUCUAGUAACAAUAUGGUGGUGUAUGGGAUAAUUGGUCAUGGAGAUUAUCAGCAUUGUGAGUUUUUGUUUUCUUAAGUUUUCAAUAGUUUACGCAUUUAAGUAAUGCACAAGCAGUUUGGUGCCUAGUGGUGCAGUUUUAGUAUGAAAUCUGCUAAAUUGCAACGUAUAACAUGUUGAAGGAAGCCACAGAUUGUUUUUCUCCAUGUUUGAAAAGAGCAGUCUGGCCUCACUUAUACGUCGUAAAUUAUCGUAAUGUUGGGAAAUUCGUAACAGUGCAAGUCCAGGGUUGCCCAUAAUUUGUUUGCUUGUCUGCGCAAUGUCAGCAUUUGGCCCAGCGCAGUUAUUUGCUGUUAAACUUUUUUUAUUUGCUUUCUUAUGUGUUCAUUUCAUGCUCAACAUUCGAAACAAGGUUUUAUUUGUUUGUCUUUUUCAUUGUUGUACACUCGAACUUCCGAAGUCUUGUUUUACAUGUAACAUACUGAUUUUGGCGAGAAACAUUUAGAUUUGUUAUAUUCGAGUUCGUUGAAUAUCAAGGUAUGACUGUACAUAUACUUGCCGCUGUGGGAUCUUAGGUUUUCCUGAAAGUCAUUUGGGACGCAUUUGCUGCGCAGCAAAUGUAUCCUAAAUGUCUUUGAUAGGUUUGCAUUAUCAGUGGUCACUUGUGUAGUCCUUCCUGAGACACAUUUUGGCCACUGUUUGUUCAAUGUGUGUGUGUGCAAGCAGUACAAAAUACUUGCUAGUCAAGAACAUUAGUUGUUUACUACUGUGGCACUUGAAACGACAUUGUGCUGCAUUGAAUGUAGUUUUUUUUUAGGAACCAUGGAUCACUAUGCAUUGUUUGGUGUGGUGGUGCCCAGUGAUAUAGAGAAGAGGUGGCAGGUGCAUAGUACGAGUUUUCAAGUGAAAUGGGCAUUGCAGUGUUGGAUAAACGGCAUUUGCAACAGUGUCCGAGCUUGGAAAAUUUGAAAUUUUAUUGCCCAGGAAAUCAUCUCGUCCGAACUGCUGUUGUUUCUUCAUUAGACUGUACGGCCACGCAGAUUCUUAAUGUCGUUGCAUCAUCUUUGUGUGGCAGCAAAAGACGGCAGUGGGAAGUCAUGCAUUUUUGUUGCUACCCCUGUUAUCAUGUCUUCACUGGCAUUGGCUCAUUAUUAUGUUGUGAAAAGGAACUGUUAUCGUUGCUCAUUUUUAAGGUAAUGUUAAUUUUAUGUUGUUUUAUUUCUUCUAUGCCUUGAUUAAUUUUGAGGCUGGCUGGGGUAAAGGGAGAUGUGAUUCACUUGCAUGAGCACCUAAUUUUUGCAGUUUUCAUAAACAGCUCUGCUAUUUGCAAAAAAAGUAGGUCUUGUGAACCGUUUGCUCAUGUACCACAGUACGCAACCAUUCACCUUCCAUUCCACUCGUGAAUAAAAAGUUGUUCAGGUACAAUUGCUCACAAAGACUUGAAAAAUAAUUUUUAUUCACAGAAAUCUGCUCAGUUUGCUUUGCCUGUAUUGCUGUUUUUCUUCUUUCUGUUUUUAGUACUUCCAUGUUCACACUGGUGUUUCAAAAUGGGAUUCAUUUGUGAACAAUAUUAAAACUUAUUAGUGACUGUCAAAGUUGUCUCACAGCUGCAUUCGGUGUUACAGAAAGGUAAUAAAUUGAUGAUGCCAUGUGCAAAAUAUACAAAAAUGUUACAUUGCAGCUUAAGCAUAAGAUGGUAAUUUCCUUGUAUCGAAAUUAAAAUGACGUAUGUCAACUGGUGACACAUUAGUGCACGUCUUCGUGUACAUCUGCAUAUAAUGAUGGUAUUUUUGUAACUGCUUAGCUACACAGUGUGUCUUCCCAGUAAAUUAAAUUUUUGUUUAUCAUAGAGUGAAUCAUUUAGGCUUUUCUGCUUUAUAAUGUGUGUGAAUGUGUAUUGCAGUUGCUCACAGCACUUGAACAAGUGAUUUUUUUUAAGUAGCAAGUGUUAAAAACAAGCUUUUAAUAUUUGUCUUUUCGCUGGAUGCAUUACGACUGUGAGAUUUGAUUUUGGUCUAGUUUGAACAGUUGAGUUCAAGUUGAAUUUUAGUAUUGUUUCUUGCUUUAUGAGAAAAAAUAAAGAAUUCUUUUUGUCUUUGUAA